AUGCAUCGUUUCACAGGCCCGCGGUAUCAGCGUGUCGCGUCCGAAGCGCCCGAAAGUGCCAGAGGCUCUGUGCUUCCAGGUGGCGAGGAGGAGGAUGACAAAGCCUCUGAUAAUGACUUCCUUGAUCUCCCUGAUUUUGAAGAGGGGAUUAAGGAUGAUGACCCAGUCAAGUCAACACUGCGGGGCAGAAAGGGAAAACAGAGAGCGUUAGGACCCCCAGGUGCCGAAAAACGCUUCUGGUUCCAGAGGUCGAAGGCCUCUUACGAUCCGGGCGCAAUAGCUACUCAGCCAUCUGUCUUCGAUGACCUUGACACACUGGAAGAAUACAGACCGCCGGAGGAGUGGGAGAAUAUCCAUCGUUUUGAUCCGGAUGAGAGAUGGACUUGGGGUGAGGAGCACAACUUGAUUCGGAAAAUUGAUAGGAGGAUUAUGAUUUUUGCGGCGGUUAUGUUUAUGGCGUUGGAGCUGGACAGGUCAAACAUUUCUCAGGCGUUGACGGAUAACUUUCUGGAAGAUUUGGGGAUGAAUACAAACGAUUACAAUCUUGGAAACACGGCAUUCAAGCUAGCUUUCCUAUGUGCGGAACUACCUUCUCAGUUGGUUGCCAAGUGGAUUGGUCCAGAUAUUUGGAUUCCUACGCAAAUGGCAGUGUGGUCAAUCGUUGGAUCAGCUCAGUACUACCUCAAAGGAAGGACUUCGUUCUUGGUCUGUCGAGCACUACUCGGAAUGCUUCAAGGCGGUUUCAUACCCGAAAUAAUCCUAUAUCUUUCAUACUUCUACAAACACCACGAACUCUCCUUAAGGCUCGGUUUCUUCUGGACAGCAUCCACUCUGGCUGACGUCCUCGGCGCCUUCCUCGCCUUCGGGAUCCUUCAUAUGCGCGGUGUCGAAGGGCAAUCUGGCUGGCGCUGGCUCUUCCUCAUCGAAGGACUCCUCACUCUCAUCGUCGGUCUCUUUGCCUACGUCCUCAUGCCCUCCUCACCCACCACAACUUCCGGUUGGUUCCGCGGGCAAAAAGGCUGGUUCACCGAACGCGAAGAGAAGAUAAUGGUAAACCGCAUCAUCCGUGAAGAUCCCUCCAAGUCCUCGAUGCACAACAGGGAACCCCUGACUCCAAAGCUCCUCUGGCAAAGUAUCAAAGACUUCGACCUCUGGCCGAUUUAUAUCCUUGGCUUGAGUUUUCAGACACCCAUGUCCACUCCAUCGAAUUAUUUGACAUUGUCGCUAAAAGGUUUAGGCUUCGGUACAUUUAAGACGAACCUUCUAGUCAUUCCGAGUAAAGUGUUUCAUGUCAUUGCCAUGCUGGGCCUUACUUAUGCGGGUGAAGUAUUUGGAGAACUCACUUUUACUGCCCUAAUCGGUCAGAUUUGGGCUUUUCCUUUCCUGUUGUUUAUCAACCUGUUUGAUAUAAAUGAGAUCAACAAGUGGCUAGCUUGGAUCGUUAUGACUAUCUUGCUUUCGUACCCAAACGCACAUCCAAUACAAGUAGGCUGGAAUUCCAGGAACUCAAACACCGUCCGCUCACGAACCGUCUCCGCUGCCCUCUACAACAUGUGCGUGCAAACCUCCGGCAUAAUCGCCGCAAACAUCUACCAAGCAGACGACGCGCCGCGCUACAAGCGCGGAAACCACAUCCUGCUUUCCAUCCUGGUGCUUAACAUAUUUCUGUAUCUGGGGACUAAGCUGUAUUAUGUAAAAAGAAAUGCAUAUCGAGAGAGGGUUUGGGGUGCAAUGAGUGCAGAGGAGAGAUUGCAGUAUUUGGCCACAACGAGUGAUGAGGGGAAUAAGAGGCUGGAUUUUAGGUUUACACAUUAG